AGUUGAGCUUUUUUCUGCUCGAAUGGACUCGGAUGGAAGAAGAUGUCAACAAUGGAAAAAAACGCAGUAGGCAGCACUGCUUGUUAGUGACCUUUUUGUGACGGACGCAGACCAGUCGACGAGAGCAUUUGGUGGAGUGGAUUUGUUUGGGAUGGAAAAUUAUUAAAAAAAAUCAUCUAAAUUGCACCCGUAUAGCUAAUAGAUCAGGCUGAUAAAUAUUCUAAAUUGUUAGUUAACGUUAUGGGCUCAAAAACUGAAACACUCCAAAAGGGGCUGCAGUCGGCUCUGCGUGAGAACGUCAUUCCUACUGUGGUGUGCGAGGAGGAGGAACAACAGAAACGUCGCGAAUCUGUGCUGGAACUGAACGGCUACAUUGUCCAAGAAACCAUCGGUAACGGGGCAUUUUCAAACGUUAAGAGGGCUUUUUCCAAGAGCCUGAAUCAUCCGGUUGCCAUCAAAAUAAUUUCUAAGCAGAAAGCGACCAAGGACGUCCUGGAAAAGUUUCUCCCCAGAGAGAUCGAGUUGGUGAGGAAUUUAAAACAUGCCAAUUUGAUCAGGUUCCACGAGUGCAUUGAAACUACCUUAAGGUUCUACAUCAUAAUGCAGUACGCUGAAAAUGGGUCCUUGCUGCAGCUCAUAAGGAAGGAGAAGUAUCUUCCAGAAGAGCGGGCCAAAUCGUUUUUCAGCCAGUUGAUCAGUGCUGUGGAAUAUAUCCAUGGUAUGGGAGUGGUCCAUCGGGAUAUCAAGUGCGAAAACAUCGUUUUCGACAAAAGUUUCACGCUUAAGCUGAUUGAUUUCGGGUUCGCCAGAGGGAACAUGCAACCGGUUUUGGCUGGUGGUAAGAUCAAGCCUGUACUAUCAAAGACCUUUUGUGGAAGCCAUGCUUACGCCAGUCCGGAAAUACUGAAAUCGGUUCCAUACCAGCCACAGUUGUCUGACAUUUGGGCAGUUGGCGUGGUGCUGUACACGAUGGUGAUUGGCCGCCUCCCCUUUUCCAAUGAAGCGAAUGUUAAUGUUCUCAUUAAGCAAGUUUCAGCCGGGCCGAAAUUUCCCAAGGAUCGCAGCAUAAGCGAUGAAUGCAAAAACUUGAUUCAAAAAAUUUUGCGGCCCGUUAAUGUGAGGAUCACGAUCGAGGAGAUGCGGCGCCAACCAUGGCUGACCGAGAACGAUUCCGGAUACGAUGAUAUGGGCAUUGAGAAGAGGUAUGACAAGAAAAUGAAACUUGACAACAGCUCCAGCGACAGCAGCGAUGGAAGCACCAGAGUGACCAUUAAUAACCCAGGCUGCAGUGCUUCCCCUGGUAAUCGUGAUGACAAUCAUAAUCUCAGCCCUAACGGACACAAUGGUACAAUCUCGCAGAAUGUCCUAAAUCGGAAGAGAUCUGUGCCACAAUGAAUUUGAUUGUUAACAUUUUGACAGCGUCAAAAUUUGUUGUAUUUUUUUUGUUUUAUUAUACUAAACGAGACAUUCGUUUUUUGACCAAUAGCGAAACAUAACGAAGAGAACUCACUUUUCGUAACAUUCAA